CGCAACAAGCAGAGUGUGUUUCCGUUCCGCCUCACAGACAUGGCUGCUUUAAGUAAGAUACCACACAGCUGCUACGAGGUCGGUCAUACCUGGCACCCAUCGUGUGUGCAGUCUGCCGCAGACAUCACUAAAGGGGCUCUGGAGGUGUCCUUCAAAAUUUACGCCCCUCUUUACCUGAUAGCAGCAAUUCUACGGAGAAAGAAGAAGGAUUAUUAUUUAAAGAGACUUCUCCCUGAGAUCCUGUGGUCUACCUCUUUCCUAACUACCAAUGGAAGUCUCUUCAUUGUUUUCUUCUGCAUUCUCAGGAAAUUGCUUGGAGCGUUUUACCCAUGGUCCUCGGGGUUUGGGGCAGCUUUGCCGGCCUCCUACAUCGCCAUCCUUCUGGAGCGGAAGAGCAGGAGAGGUCUGCUGACAAUAUACAUGGCAAAUCUUGCUAGUGAGACUUUGUUCCGCAUGGCAGUGACACGAGGCAUCGUCAAGCCCAUUAGACAUGGAGAGGUGCUCUUGUUCUGCAUAACUGCAUCAAUCUUCAUGUUUCUCUUCAGAAGCAACGACGGUCUUAAAGGCUUUGCAUUUUCUGCACUAAAAUUCAUUAUUGGGAAAGAAGAGAUUCCAACUCACCUUAACAUCCCAGACUCUGUUGGCACACAGCCCCCUGAAAGGCCAGAUGCCAUAGAGACCGAACAAUCACAGGUCUCAGCAGAAAAAACCGACCACAAGAGGAAAACUCUGAUCGCCUACACCAGGAAGCUGCUGGAAUCAAUAUGCAAACAUGGUCCAAGACACAGAUGUUGUAAACAUUACCAGGAUAACUGCAUUUCCUACUGUGUUAAAGGUUUUGUCAGGAUGUUCAGUAUUGGCUAUCUUAUCCAGUGUUGUCUCAAAGUGCCCUCAGCAUUCAGGCAGAUGUUCUCCAAACCAUCUCGGCUGCCUUCUGUCUUCUACAACAAGGAUAACUUCCAGCUGGGGGCCUUUCUAGGCUCUUUUGUCAGUAUUUAUAAGGGAACGAGCUGCUUGUUGCGCUGGCUGCGUAACAUUGAUGAUGAACUUCAUGCACUGAUAGCUGGCUUCCUGGCUGGUGUCUCGAUGUUCUUCUACAAAAGCACAAGUAUAACCAUGUACCUCUUCUCUAAGUUGGUGGAGACCAUGUACUUCAAAGGCAUUGAAGCAGGCCGGUUCCCUUACUUUCCACACGCAGAUACGAUUAUUUAUGCCAUCUCCACUGCUAUCUGUUUCCAUGCUGCAGUAAUGGAAGUGCAGAACCUCAGACCUUCAUACUGGAAGUUCCUGCUGCGUUUAACAAAGGGCAGAUUUGCUCUGAUGAAUCGAGAGCUGCUCGACGUGUUUGGGACAGAGGCGUCCAGGAAUUUUAAAGGGUCUGUGCCCAUGUUGGACCCUAGCUACUCCACCGUAAUCAGCCGGACUGUGCUUCCACCUGGAGGAGACGCUAAGCUUGGGUGACUUGAGGCAAAAGUCUUGAGAUAAGACAGAAAAAGACAAGAGAAAGUGGCCCGUCAGAGUUACCUAGGGCUUUGUAAAGGUGACAUAUCUGAGAAGAAGAAAUAUUGUAGCGAUUCAAAAUCUGAAGAUUGGGUCCAAGCAGGAUGUUGUGACUUUCAUUUGUGAACCAGCACAAGUAAGCAUACUGACAGUGAUCGAACACUUACAGGUAGCUGGGAAAAAUAAAUACAGAUCCAUAAUUAGUUUCAAACCAUAUCAUUUAGUUUUAAAAAAUUCUAGUGUAAUUAAACUGAGCAGAGCAGAAAUCUCACGAAGAAGCCCUUUUCUUUUCUGAGUUGAAGUCCAGCCUGACAUUAGAUAACCUUCAAACCUACUGACAAUCAGUCUUCAGUUAAUAAAUUGUUAUAAAUUCAUUGGUUGUUCUGCUUUGGCAAAAAGACUGAAUAUUAAAGGCAGCCAUUUUUGAAAAAUAUAUGUUAAAAAUAGUUUUAUAGGUAUUAAAAGAAAUCUAGUAAAAAGUCUGUUAAACUAAUCUUUGCAUCACAUUUAAAUGUAACAAGAUUAUAAACAAAUACUUUAAAUCACCAGAGAUGUCCUCUUACUAUGUUUUGAAGGUUUCAGAAAAUCCAAUAGUCUUUUCUGGUUCAAGUUAAAAUAAAGGUGAAAUUUAUUUCCAGCCUACUGAACAAGGAAAUGACCAAAUCUAUAGUUUUGUUUGACAGGAAAUACAAUUUAUGCUAAAAUUUAAACUAGAGUGAUGUAAAUAAUCUCAGUUUCAUUAUGGCCUCCAACGUUCAACUCGUUAUUCAGGAGGACUUAUGAUAUUAGCAGUUUUAGUUUGCUACAUAUAAAACACACUCAUUCAUUUUUCAGUCAUAUCUUUCAGUUUUAAGUCACCAUUGUGUUAUUUGUGACUGCAUUGUUUCAUUGGUUUUGUUCAGAUAAGGGAUGGAAAGCAAAGACUGUGAAUAAAAUAUGGAGAAAGUAACUUCUUUGUUAGGUACUGGUGUGAAUGUGUGAGUAUGUUGAGCUGAAAGUUUUUUUAUUUUUUUUUAAUUCCUCUUUAUUUUCAUAAAAAUAUGUUCUGAGCCAAAAGGUGCAUCAGUUAGCAUGUUUUAUCUUCCUGGACCAGAUAUUUUCAGUUUUUAGACAAGAUAGAGUAAUGGAAGAUGAUGUGUGAACAGGUAAUAUAAUUCCUUUCAUUCCAGCCAAAAAUAAUGAAUCUAUUUCUUCAUAAUUAGUUUAAAAAAAAGAUCACAGGCACAUUAAUUAAAUAACUCCAUGUUAGCCAGUCAUAAGAAAUUGAUAUUUUUUCAGUUUAUAAGAAUGUUUUUGAAUGCGGUUUAGUGUCACCAGAACGUUUGAGAUAUUUCAUCUAGAGUACGAAUACACCCAGUUUCCCUCAAGAGUAUGAUAUAAUUUUUUUUUUUUUCAGUCAACGUUUGUUUCCUGUAAAGUGGAUCACAUUUACACAUGCCUGAGAUAAAAACAAAAACCUUUAGAUGUUAUCAAAAAAAAAUUUCACGAUAGAAACGCAAACAAUGACAUUAAUUCUAGCCAAGAAAGGAAUAAUAACGCUGCCUGUGAUUAUUGUACUUAUUGAGUGGAAUUUGUUUGUUUUUCUCAACAAAAUUUAACUGGUAAUUAAUACUUAAAAUGUUUAGAACUGUACCUCUGGAAGUCUGUCUUUAAACCAGUUUGUCCUAUUUAUUGAAAUACUUAGUGACCCUGCAGUCAAAUGAGAUUAUUCUACCAUACUUUUGCAGCAUAGAAAUGGUAGGAGGUGGGUUUUAUGUAUAUUGUAAGGAGUGUCUGAAUUUUACUGAUCACCUGCCUACAAUUGUGCAGUUUUUCAUAGUUAAAGGGUCGAUGUUGGAUUAGACUUAGAUAUAAUUCAUAUUUCAAAUUGUGAUGAAAGACAUUUUCAGAAUGUUAUUUGUUACUGGCAUAUUAAUUUUUGCAUAAAUCCAAUGCUGAAUCUAUUGUCUUUAAUGUAGAUUUUUGUUCAAGCUACCUUCACUGAACUGAAUGCCACACACAAGAAUUUGGAAAAAUGGAAAAAAUAUCACAGUGCACAAUACGUUUUUCUUCAGCGACACAGAUGCUGAAAUGAUUUUGUUCCUGGAAGAGUGAAAAACAAGCUCACUUUAAAGGUGACUGUCAUCAUAAAACUUAGAAACAUUUGUGCUUUUUAAAAUUUUCUUUCAAUGAAGGGUUAUAUAGACAAUAUAGUUUGUGAAAUCUUGCACAGCUAUUUAUGAAAGUUAUUUGAAAUGCCAGUUUGUCUAUGUUAAAUUAUGCAAUCACUUGAAUGCAGCUCAGCUUGAGAUGCACCUGACCUCUAAUAUGACAAGUGCUUAGGAAGUAUAUAUAUAUAUAUAUAUAUAUAUAUAUAU